AUGCCGGCACUGGUCGAAUCUUCCAAGAAGCGCAAGAGCAGCAAGAAUGCAGGCGCACCCUCCAAGCGCCGUGCUGUUGCAGAGGACGACUUCACUGAGACCCUUUCAACAAUUGAGAAGCUCGAAAAUGAAAUCGCCGAGUCGCGCAAACACUACAACAAUAUUGCGACCCUUAUCUCGAUGCUGGAUGUGGAGAAAUCAGCAAAGAAGCCAGAACUUGCUGUUGCAGUGUCUCUUUGCCGAGUGUUCAGCCGACUGAUGGCCGCAGGAAAUUUUGCGGAGUCGAGUCGAGCUGCCGAGAACGAGAAAAUCGUUACAGCAUGGCUAAAGGAGCGAUGCCUUGAGUACCAACGGGCGCUUUUAGCGAUUAUGCGCGAGGCUGAUACUACGUCUCAGAUUACCGCUUUGACUCUAAGCAUGCGCAUUAUCAAAGAACGCAUCACACAUAUCCCCGGAGCCGAGAACGCCGUCUGGUCUACAAACUUCAAGCAUAUCGUGGAGGCCGUGGUUGAGGCUCAGGAUGGUCAGGAUUUGCAAACUGAGUUCAUCGAGAAAUUUGUGAAGGAAUUUGAAGAUGUGAGGUAUCACACUUUUGGGGAAAUAGCUGAGUACGCUGCCAUCCGACGAAGCUCCGACGUCUUCGAUACCCUCGUCUCCAUCCUUUCCGCCUGCGACGAUGUCCCCAGCGAAGGCCACGAGUUUGAAGACUUCUUUGCAACCCCUGGAGGCAAGAACAAGCGACUCACUUCCGUCGGUUCCCACAAAAAGCGCGCACAGGAAGCUUGGCUGGCCAUCCUCCGCAAUAAUAUCUCGCCAGCACAGCGCAAGUCCCUCCUGCGUAUCAUGGUGCAUCACAUUGAGCCCUGGUUCAGCCGUCCCGAGCUGCUUAUGGACUUCCUUACCGACUCGUACAAUGUUGGCGGUGCCACUUCGCUCCUUGCCCUAUCUGGACUUUUUUACCUUAUUCAAGAGAAGAACCUGGACUACCCGCAAUUCUACCACAAGUUAUACUCGCUUUUGGAUGCAGAUUUACUACACUCUAAGCAUCGCUCACGAUUCUUCCGACUUCUGAAUACCUUCCUUGCCUCGACCCAUCUUCCUGCUGCACUGAUUGCUAGCUUUGUGAAGAGACUCGCCCGCCUCGCGCUCAAUGCGCCUCCCUCUGCCAUUGUGGUUAUCGUUCCUUUUAUGUACAAUAUCUUUAAGAACCACCCCACAUGCACCUUCAUGAUGCAUCGCGAAAUCCGCGACAAGGAUCUUGCGGCUGAUAUUGAAGCUGCGGGCAUGGAUGACCCAUUCGACCCCACUGAGAAGGAUCCUACUCGCACAGGUGCCAUCGAGAGCAGUCUUUGGGAGAUUGAGACCCUCCAGUCACACUAUCACCCUAACGUCGCUGCGAUCGCUCGCAUCAUCUCCGAGCAGUUCACCAAACAACAGUACAACUUGGAGGAUUUCUUGGACCAUACAUACCAGGGCAUGGUGGAAGCAGAGCUUGGAAGUGGAGAAAAGCCAAUGAGGAAGGUUCCGGUUGUUGAAUACCAGAUUCCUAAGCGAAUCUUCACUGAUCGUUUACUCGCGGAAGACGGCGGUGUCGACUCGGGUCCUGCGGCCUUCAUGCGUGGUCUGUGGGAUUUCUCGUGA